AUGUCGUCAUCGAGUCAAGUUUACUAUGACUACUCCCAUUUCUCCAAUGGAACUACGUUUAUGGAUGCCUACAACAAUUUCAACCAAAUUCCAAAUUUAAACAUUGUUGAAAAAUUAUGGGCUAGUUACUAUUACUACAUGAAUAACGAUUUAUUUGCUACUGGGUUAUUGUUUUUCGUUACUCAUGAGUUUUUUUAUUUUGGUAGAUGUUUACCCUGGGCUAUUAUUGAUCGAAUUCCUUAUUUUAGAAAAUGGAAGAUUCAGGAUGAAAAGCUUCCUAGUGACCAAGAACAAUGGGAAUGUUUAAAGCUGGUUUUAACAUCGCAUUUCUUGGUGGAAGCUUUCCCCAUUUGGUUUUUCCAUCCGUUAUGUCAAAAGAUUGGGAUUUCUUUCCAAGUGCCCUUUCCUAGUAUAGGACAAAUGUUGUUGCAAUUGGCAGUAUUUUUUGUAUUGGAAGAUACUUGGCAUUAUUGGUUUCAUCGUGGAUUACAUUAUGGUGUUUUUUACAAGUAUAUCCAUAAACAACAUCAUAGAUAUGCUGCUCCUUUUGGUUUAGCUGCAGAAUACGCUCACCCAGUUGAAGUUGGAUUGUUGGGAUUAGGAACUGUUGGUAUUCCUAUCUUGUGGUGUAUUAUCACAGGUAACUUGCAUUUAUUCACUGUUUCAGUUUGGAUUGUAUUGAGAUUAUUUCAAGCAGUUGAUUCUCAUUCAGGUUAUGAAUUUCCUUGGUCAUUGCAUCACUUUUUGCCAUUUUGGGCUGGUGCUGAUCAUCAUGAUGAACAUCACCAUUAUUUCAUUGGUGGUUAUUCGUCAAGUUUCAGAUGGUGGGAUUAUUUCUUGGAAACUGAAGCUGGUCCAAAGGGUAAAGCUGCAAGAGAAGCCAAGAUUAGAAAACAAGCUGAAAAAUUGCAAAAGAAAACCAUAUAA